GAAUACUUUAGCGGUCGCCUCACGUCGUCCCACGUCGUUCCACCUUGAACCAGAGUGCUGGAUCUCACUUAUAUUCAUUUUCAAAAUUUGCUAGUGCGAGUCACUAUGGCGACCUCUACUUCUUCGAACUCGUUCCCCCUAGCGACGGACCAGCCUUACAGCGAAGGCGAUAGCGGCCCUGGCUCGAUCAGCUCUGGUGGAAGCAUCGAUAAUUCAGCUGGAGCUUCUGGAAGCAGCCCUGGCGUUGUUCAAAUUUCCCAUGGUGCGAUAGUCGCUAUAAUAGUUGUUGUUGCGGUCGUAUGCGUGCUUGGCAUCUCUACGGCAGUACUCUUCUACCUUGCAAAGAAGAGAGAAUGGAAGGUUAGAGAAAGCAUCCGGCGUUCGGCAAGGAAGGUAGUCACUGCUCUCACGCCUCGCCGCUCCGAAUUCCCGAAAUCAGUGAAGGAUAGCUCUCGAGGUCGUGUUCGGUUGGACGACGUACCACCUACACCUCGACUCCGACCCGAAGAUGUCGAGAAGGGCCUUGCCCAAUCUAGUACUCGACAGAGUCCGGAGGGAAGAAGCAAGAAAUGGACGAGGAAGUAAAAUAUCGUAAUGAGUCGACUGGUGAAUUGACAUUGGGCUGGCCAAAGCUAGUUAAGAGGAAGGGAAACAGAGUCAUCGAGGCGGGUAAUGCAUUUAACU